UGGCUUCCAUGCAUGAUAGAUAUUCCCCAGCUUUUUGGGAUAUGGAUGGAUGAUGAGAAAUCUCUCAUGUUCCAAAAAUAGAUCUACAUUAUCAUGAAACAGGACCCUUGAUUUUAACUUUCUCUGUGGUGAAGAUAUUGAAGCAACAAAUUUGUCAAUUUUUUAAACUUCUUUUCGGGUGUGAAGUGUGGGAAUGGGACGGAACUGGAGCUCUUAUCAUUGAUCAUCAAUCCCUUUUUACCGAAAGACUCUUUCUACCAAUGGAAGGGAUUAUCAUUUGUGGAGAAUCUUGAGCUGUCACUCAAUUUUGGGAAUUCUACGAGUAGGCUGCGUUGCUUGAUUUGCUUGAUUUGCUCGAUUCGUUGCGAGGCUCCAAAAUAAAGAUCUCGCCUUAUGAAACGAAACGGUUCUAAGAAAAAACAUCUCGAGCCACUUUAUAUCAUCACCCCUCUUAAACGGUCAAACCCCUUCAACCCUUCAACCCCUUCAACCCCUUUUAGUCGUUCAUCUGAAUUCGAUAUUUACUGUUUGCGCCAAAUUAUUCACACCUGCCAAGUAUCCAAAGUAUUGACACCAUACAUACUACACCAGAAUGUCGGAGCUAAAGAAUGCCAAAGGUCUCAGCAAUGAGGAAAUUCAAGCAUAUAGAGAUGCUUUCUCCAUUUUCGUAAGUCAAACUUCUUUUCUGAAUGUUCGCGCAAAUGCUUACUCUGGAAUACAGGAUAAAGACGGUGAUGGAACCAUUUCCACCGCCGAACUCGCAGAAGCAAUGAAGUCUUUGGGACAAAAUCCAUCAGAUGCAGAAAUUCAGGAUAUGAUCAAUGAGGUUGAUGUUGAUCAAUCUGGAACAGUCGAUUUUGAUGAAUUCCUUAAGAUGAUGACUGCCGAAACAAAGGGCGUUGACUUUGAACAAGAAAUGCGCAGCGCUUUCCAAGUAUUCGAUGUUGAUGGAAGCGGCACAAUUUCCCCAGAAGAAAUCUACAAGUUGAUGGCAUCUCUAGGAGAGAAUUUGUCAGAGGACGAGAUUAAGAGUAUGGUGAAGGAGGUUGAUAAGAAUGGUGACGGAAGCAUAGAUUAUGAGGAGUUCGUUUCAUUCAUUCGCGACAACAAAUAAGGAAUCAGCACUAAUUGGGGGAAAUUUAUGAAAUUGGGAGAAAUUUUGGAUCUCAUAUGAAGUUGCAUAAAAUACCAUAGGAAUACACACCAUUUUAUUCUAGCCGUCUUUUUCAAUGGGAAUGAAAGUUUCAUUCAUGCUAUAUACAUGGAUCAAGUGAGCGUCGUCAGUAUCAUCACGAAUGUAGCAUUUGCAUUUGAUUUGAUUUUGAAAUCUUACCUUCUAGCA